CGCCUCGAAGCACGGCUAACCCCGGCACUCAUCUUGAGUGCCCAGCUGGCUUUUAGGGCGUGAACCCGUCGACUUUUGGGGACUUUGGGUCACCAUAAGUACCUGCCCGAUUGUCAUCACAACCCGAUCGCCGAACAGACAUCUGUGGCAGUCCAGUUUCCCAUCGAAGUACUUCAAUCUAAUAAACCUCCAAAUGCCCAACAUCGUCGUCCUCGGAGCCGGUGUCAGCGGCCUCACAUGCGCCCUGCUGCUGUCAAAGCAAAAGGGCAAUGCUGUGACGGUGGUUGCAAAGCACAUGCCCGGCGACUAUGACAUCGAGUAUACCUCGCCCUGGGCCGGCGCCAACGUGCUUCCCAUGGCUCUCGACCAUGAUAGCCGCUGGGAACGGCGAACCUGGCCCGAACUGCGCCGUCUAGCCGCCGAGGUCCCCGAAGCAGGUUUACAUGUCCAAACCGCCCGCGUCCUCCGCCGGCAAGCCGACGUCGCCGCAGACCUCGUCAAGGCCGCCCUCGGCGACGGCGGCCUCUUCGACCUCUCGCCAUGGUACAGAGAAGUAAUGGGCCGCUUCCGCGACAUCCCGCCCUCGGAACUGCCCCCGGGCAUGCACUCGGGCUGCGAGUUCACCUCGGUCUGCAUCAACACUGCCAUCUACCUGCCCUGGCUGGUCGGCCAGUGCGCCAAGCACGGGGUGCGCUUCCGGCGCGCCGUGCUCAAGCACGUCUCGGAAGCCGCCGGGAUGAGCCACACCGGCCAAAAGGCGGAUAUCGUUGUCAAUGCUUCCGGGCUGCUGGCGUGUAAGCUGGGCGGGGUCAUGGAUAGCAGGGUGUAUCCCGCCCGGGGGCAGAUCGUGCUGGUGAGGAACGAGGCCGACGGGAUCAUGCCGACGACGAGCGGGUGCGACGACGGGUUUGAUGAGCUUGUGUAUGUGAUGCAGCGGGCGCUGGGCGGUGGGACGGUACUGGGGGGAACGUACCAGAGGGGGAACUGGGAUCCGAAUCCGGAUCCGAACAUCGCGAUGCGGAUUAUGAAGAGGGCGGUCGAGACACACCCGGAGUUGACGGGCGGGAAGGGAGUGGAGGGGCUGGAUAUCAUCAGACAUGGGGUUGGGCUGCGGCCGGCGAGGGAAGGGGGCGUCAGGAUCGAGAAGGAGAUGAUUGAUGGGACGUGGGUGGUCCAUAACUAUGGGCAUGCCGGCUGGGGAUAUCAGGGGAGCUAUGGCUGCGCUGAGAGAGUGGUUGAGCUGGUGGACGAGAUCGUGGGGAAAACGAAACGGGCAUCAAAGCUGUAGUUUCUCCGAGAACUGAAGCAGACAACUUACAGCUAUUUAGCUGGGGGACUGGGAUAUGAGAGAUGGUUUAAAGCACGGAUUAACUGGCUGGUGACUUGGAGCAUAAGACGGUGAGAUACGGGUGGAUGGGAGCUUGGCUUGUCGUUGGGAACAGUAAGCGUAUUCCUGAAGCAAGAUACUGUGGCUAAAGCACCUACCUAUUUAUCGAGAGAAGAUUCAGCAAGGUUAAAUGAAACCUAGGACAUCUCUCC